CAGAGACCCCCAGGCCCCAUCCAAUCCAAUCCAUCGUCCAAUGCCCAUCAUUCUCCUCUGAAGAAAACUGUGCUCCGAUCAUGGAGGUUGCUCCAGCGACACAGGCCAACGGCUCCUCGUCCUCCUGCCGCCGCGCGCUCGGCGCCAAGUCCGUCUCCUUCCGCCUCCACUCCCCGAGCCUCAACUCCCUCCGCCUCCGCCGCACCUUCGACCUCUUCGACAAGAACGGCGACGGCAUCAUCACCCCCGAGGAGCUCUCCCAGGCCCUCGCCCUCCUCGGCCUCGACGCCGACCUCUCCGACCUCGAUUCCAUCCUCCGGUCCCAUAUCAAGCCGGGCAGCGACGGCCUCAGGUUCGAUGACUUCGUCGCCCUGCACCAGUCCGUCGACGAGGCCUUCUUCGGCGGAGGAGGAGACGCCGACGACGCGCCGGCGUUGCGGGAGGAGGCGGAUCUGAGCGAGGCGUUCAAGGUGUUCGACGAGGACGGCGACGGGUACAUCUGCGCGCGGGAGCUGAAGGCGGUGCUCGCGAAGCUGGGGCUGCCGGAGGGGGAGGAGAUAGGGAGGGUCGAGCGGAUGAUCACCUCCGUCGACCGGAACCACGACGGGCGCGUCGACUUCUUCGAGUUCAAGGACAUGAUGCGGAGCGUCCUGGUCAACAGCUCCUGAGUUGUACUUAGAAAUCUCGAUCAGGAAUCAUAGACGAACUGCGAUCUGUCUUCUUCCCGUUCCAAUAAAUGCAUUCGCAUGUAAUAAUCGUUCAAAUGUGACAAUGUUUGAUCUUCGCGAAUCCCGAUGUUCGAUCGCUCGAUCUUUCCAUCGUUACCCCGCUGAAUUCUCUUCC